AACUUUAAUAUUCAUUUCUAAGCAUUUAAAUUCAAAGAAAACGAGUACGUUUCCAUUUAUUUGAACUAUCGAAUAAAUGAAUAUAUCGAAUAUGAAGAAAAAAUUAUUAAUCUUUGUAUUAUUCACUUUGAUGGAAUAUAUUGAUUGCUGUGCCAUAUUGACUGAUCGCCCAAUACCUGAAUUAAUGGAACAAAACUUAAACUCACCAUGGCUGGUGCUCAUUUUGGAUAAAGCUAAGAGAGCGUAUCUGCCAGGUAUCGGCUAUGGAUCGAUUAUCAGCGAAAAUCUCGUUUUAACGGCAGCAAGGGCAGUUCCUGAUCAUACCACCAGACAUUUAGUAUUAGUGACCGAUUGCGAGAUGAAUACUGACGGCGAUAAUUAUUUUCGUAUUGAAUCUUGCGUAUCCAGAAGAGUGUUUCAAAUAUAUUAUGAGAAAGGUUCUUUUUCUACAAAUAUCAAGGAUAAUGAUUGGGCCAUGUUAAUUGUGGAUAAACCAUUUGAACUGACCAAGCGAGUAAAUACCAUUCCAUUGAUAAACGAUAAUAAUAUUGAUGAUAUUGAUAAAGACAAUUGUUUGACUUACCACUGGGUAGUAAUGGUAAAUAAAUACGAUAUAGCAUUGGUUACAAUGGAGUACUCAGUUGUGUCUGAUGAAGAAGGAUUUAAUAUAAACAAAGAUGAUGAAAAAAAAUUUAGUUGGGAUGUAGACUGUGUUCUCGAUCCUUGUCAGGUGUCAAAUGGACACAUAGAACAAAAGCAAGUAGAAAUGAGUUUUCUGGGAAGUCCAAUAGCAUGUCCACGGAAAAGUGAUCCAACUAAAUAUAUACAAGCUGGUUUUGCGACAAUUGUCUACGAAAUACAUUCACAAAAACCACUUGACUAUAAUCAUAUAAAUGGAACUUUAUAUGAUCUAUCUUCUGGACAAGAGUCUCUUAAUAAAUGGAUAACUAAAUUUACAAACUUAAUAGAGGAAGGAAAGAAAACAAAAACUGUUACAGAGAAAACCGAAUAAAUGAGCUCUUCGAAUUCAAAAUUGAGACAGUUUUAAUUUUUACCGUAAUUUUAAAAUGUUAAGUAGCAAUGAAUUGCGCUUCGAGCCGCAACUUUUACAGUUUCGAAAUGUGCCCGGGUCGAAAAAUUUAAUCUGUUUAAAAUCAACUAAAAAUUUUAAGUUAUUUUUGUUCAAUCUGAUUUUUUUUUUAUAUUUAAUUAAUGAGUUAAAUUUAAUCUAGUUUUGCUCUUACUGUUCCUUAUCUAAACGAUUUUCUGACUUAUUUUCAAUCAUUUUUCGUCUGUUUUCGUUCUAAUCUAGAUCAAAAUGAGACUCAUUCUGUCUAUUAUUUUUAGUCCGAUUUUG